UAACAGUUAAAUUAAUGCAUUUUUUAGAUUUCGUUGGGCAGAAACGCACUCCUUAUCCAUUGGAAAGAGCUGAACAUGGCCUGCUCAGUUCACCACCCAACGCUAGUUCUUCCAUUUAUCUCCUCCGCAACAUCUCCAAAACACAGGCAGUGCAGUUUAUGGAAGAUUUUUCAAAAAGCUGAGCUACAUACUUUCACCGCAAGCAAACCAAGAAUCAGACCACUAAUGGCUGUUGCAGGCAAUAAAGAUACACAAAAAAGUAGAGAAAAACUGUAUCUGGGUAUGGAUUUUGGAACGUCUGGUGCUAGAUUUGCUCUUAUUGAUCAACACGGCACUAUUCAUUCUGAAGGAAAAAAAGAAUACCCUCUUUAUCAGAAUGAAGAAAGAAUAGACUGGGCGCGUUCUUGGAAAACGACACUUUUCGCUCUACUUGAAGAUGUUCCGGAUCAUCUUCGAGCCUUCGUUGCUGCCAUAUCUAUUGAUGGUACAUCUGCAACUACUAUGAUUGUACACAGCUCUACAGGAGAACCAUUAUGGAGACCAUUCCUCUACAAUGAGAAUUGUCCGGAUGCAUUGGAUUUUGUAAAGUCUAUUGCCCCUGCUAACCAUACAGUUUGCACUGGAUCAUCUACACUAUGCAAGCUUGUUUCCUGGUGGAACAAUGACGAUUCAAAUAGAAAAUCAGCACUAUUAUUGCACCAGGCAGAUUGGCUUUUAUGGCUUCUUCAUGGAAAGCUUGGAGUGUCUGAUUAUAAUAAUGCUCUAAAGGUUGGUUAUGAUCCAGAAGUUGAUUCCUACCCGCCAUGGUUGCUUGCUCAGCCGUUUUCACAAAUUUUACCAUCUGUCAUAGCUCCAGGAACUGCAAUUGGUAGUCUAAAAGAGGAUAUUGGGACCCAAUAUGGAUUUCCAGAAGAUUGCAUUGUUUGCGCAGGAACAACCGACAGUAUAGCUGCUUUCCUUGCAGCAGGAGCGACGAAACCUGGGAAAGCUGUAACUUCUUUGGGUUCUACACUUGCUAUUAAGCUGUUGAGCACUAAGCGAAUUGAGGAUGCACGUUUUGGGGUGUAUAGCCAUCGUCUUGACGAUAAGUGGCUAGUUGGAGGUGCUUCGAAUACCGGCGGAGCUGUUCUUCGACAAAUUUUUACGGAUGAGCAAUUGGUUAAAUUGAGUGAACAAAUAGAUCCCUCAAAAGCUUCUCCUUUAGACUAUUAUCCGCUUAAAGCAGUUGGCGAGAGGUUUCCUGUAGCAGAUCCAAAUCUGUCUCCCAGGUUACAUCCAAGACCAGAAAGUGAUGUUGAAUACUUGCAUGGAAUUUUAGAGUCCAUUGCGCUCAUAGAGGCGAAAGGGUAUAGCUUAUUAAAAGAAAUGGGAGCAACCCAGGUGGAGGAGGUGUUUACUGCCGGAGGUGGUGCGAAAAAUGAGAAAUGGACGGAGAUACGGGAGAGGGUUCUCGGCUUGCCUGUUAGCAGGGCAAUGCAAACAGAGGCUGCCUAUGGAGCUGCAUUAUUGGCAUUCAAAGGUGCCCAACAGUAGACUAUUUUUAACUAUCAUUUUUAUUUUCAAGGGUAUUUUCACUUGGAAAUAGAAAAAUUAAUUCAUCAAAUGUAUAUCUCAUUUUUCUCAAAUUUAUAGUAUGAAAAAUGAAUUGAUAUUGCAAAGAGGAAUACGAAACUAUUUAGAUCUAA